AUGCCAGCCGCAAGUGUAGCAGCUCUUCCUGCACCUGCAUCGCCGGCGCCGGCCUCGCGAAAGGCCUCACUCGCACCGGAAAGGAAGUACAAGUGCCAAUUCUGCAACCGCGCCUUCAGCCGGAGUGAGCAUCGCAGCAGGCACGAAAGGUCUCACACUAAGGAAAGACCUUUCAAAUGCCUAAAAUGUCGCAGUACCUUUGUGCGGCGCGACCUGCUACUCCGUCAUGAUCGCACCGUUCACGCCAAGGAUGGCGGUGUUCCCCUUCACAGCGAUGGGAAGCGACGCGGCGGGGCGAAGCCGAGGGCCGUUGGAACUCCUGCAAAAGAACCUAUUGCCAUCGACGCGGCUGCUCUGGAGCAGAUAGAAGCCAGCAGCGAAGGUAUUUUUGACGUGGAAACGGCCGCCAUGCUGGUGGCGGAUCUCCAUCACAAGGCCACCGCCGCGAUGCGUGCUAAUAGCGGUCCUUCAGAAGGCAGUUCUGGAGCUACUUAUCCGCAUGGCGGGGCGAAUAUGAUGGAGUCUCCUGUGCCUUUUCCCUCCGGCGCCAUUGCUAUUCCUCAGUGGGAUACUUUCAUGCCGCAGGCCGUUGCUGAGCCAAAGGCACACUCUAUUGCAUCUAGCGCGUCUGGGUCGUUUGAGUCGCAGCCCCCAUUCAACGGCUCGAUUGUUUCCCAGCAUGCUAACCAGCUUCCUUCACUGGACACUCCCACACUCAAUGCUCCCCCACACUCGCCAUUUCUGGCCAACGGCGGUCUGUUGACGCCUGCUGACUCGCAGUCGCAAACUGGCGCGGGCUUCAAGGCUCCUCAGGUUCACAGCGAUGAGGAGAGGAAUAUGGUGCUGGACAACAUCCGCAGCAGCGACACUGAGCACGCCAUCCCAGAAGGCUUCCGCCUGCCAAACCUAGCAUCCCUCAACAGGUACCUGGCAACCUACUUUGGGUUGUUCCACCACCACCUGCCAUUCCUGCACCCGUCCUCCUUCCAGCCCACCGAGGUAUCAUCGGCUAUCCUGCUCGCUGUGCUGUCUAUUGGUGCGCUGUACGCAUUCGACCAGGAACAGGCCUACACGCUGCACAUCGGCUCCAAGGUUCUCGUCAACCAGUUUCUCCAGAACAAGGAGAACUUCAGCUCUCGCAAGUGCCCUCUCUGGACCAUGCAGAGCUCUCUGCUCAACAUGAUCUUCGCGAGCUGGAGUGGGGACCCCAAGGGACUUGAAUGGGCAUGCUCCAUCAAGAGCCUGCUAGCCAACAUGGUGUCUGGAAACCGAUACGAGCUGAAGCUCAGGCAGGAGGCCCGUGAGGGCCGCCCGCCUACGCGUGCAGAGUGGGUUGAGGACGAGGGUUGCCGCCGCACGUACUAUGCAGUCUAUAUCUUCUUUGGCCUGUUGACGCUCACAUACAACCACACCCCGGCCAUCAGCUUCAACGAGUUUGAGGAUCUGCAGGUCCCGUCGACUGAAGGUCUCUGGAACCUGGUAGUCGCCGACGAAGCCGCAUGGCUCGAAAACCUCAAGGCCUCGCCCACCAUGACCUUCAUGGAGACGCAGGAGAACCUGUUUCAGGGCGAAAGUCUGAAGUACAGCGCCUUUGCCACGCGUGUCAUGAUCAACGCCCUCUUCCUCGAGGUUUGGUAUCAUAAGCGCAGUCCUGAGGCUCUACAAGACGUCGUGACCGAGUACAAGCUCCGGCUCGCUCUGGAGACGUGGGAGAAAUCCCUGGACCUGUGCGAGCCCGAGGUGGUCUCGGUACCGCUGAGCGCCCCUCACAAAGGACACCCGCUCCUUUUUAAUGCGAAGGCCAUGUUCCGGAACGCGCGCGCUCGCCUCGAAGUCGACCUUAAGGCGGUCCAGGAGGCGCUCCGGUACCAUGACGCUUACGAGGUAGCCGCCGCCAUGUCCAGCGCGCGGGACAAGGUCAAGCGCUCGACGGAGAUGAUCAAGGUCAUUCAGGAAUGCUUCAGCUGCAUCGAGACUGCCGUGGUCCAGGGCGUUCGCUGGGUGGCUCGCACGUCGCCGACCAACUGGAGCAUCGAGCACCCACUCUGCGGGUUGGAUCUGAUGAUCAUCCUCAGCCUCUGGCUGUACCGUCUGGAACACGACGAGGAGCCCGCGACCGAGGAGGAGCUUGCCAUGUACAACAAGAUCCGGCAGCUCUUCGACAAGGAUCUUGACGAGGCUUAUGUUUCCCAGCUGAGCUCCAUUGUCGCCCGGCUCUGGGGCUCGAUGCUGGAUGAAGUAGUUGUGUGGGGUAUCACGCGCCUCAUGGGUGAAUCUUUCCGACUGCACUCACAAGCCUUGGUUGGCUAUGUAGACGACAUGGAGGCAUCAUCGAAUGCCUCGACACCAUCCAUGACCUCGCAGGGGGCCGAUGAGGAUAGCGUGUACUAA